UAAAGCAGGCUGAGGCUGGAAAAAGAUUUGAACAUCUCACUUGGUUUUAUGCUACCAUCAUCUGGUAGCAUAAAACCAGGGCUCUAAUGGAAUGGUUUAAAAGAAAAAAUAUCCAUGAGUUAGAAUGGCACUGUCAAAGUCCACCCUUAAGCCCAAUCUAGAAUCAGUGGCAAGAUCUGAAAACUGCUGUUCACAAAGGCUCUCCAUGUAAUCUGACUGAGCUUGAGCUGUUUCACAAAGAAGAAUGGGCAAAAAUUUCAGUUAUUAGAUGUGCAAAGCUGGUAGAGAGAAACCCUAAAGACUAGCAGCUGGAACUGCAGAAAAAGGUGGUUCCACAAAGUAUUAACUCAGGCGCCCAUCAUGGAAGAAGCGGACCUGCUGAAGGAGAGGCUCCAGGCAAUCACUGACAAAAGAAGAAUCCAAGAAGACAUUGCAAAGAAAAGAAGACAGAUUGAAGAGGAGAAACUAAAACUUCAGUACAUCAAGAAGAAAUCCCUGCGGGAGCAGUGGCUGAUGGAUGGGCUGAGUCAGCAGUCGGAGGAGGAGCAGCAGGCCAUGAGGCUCCAGGCUCAGGAUGAGCAGCAGCAGAGUGAUCAGCUGCAGAGCAACAUCCUCAGAAUAGAAAAAGAGAUUGAGGCAUUGGAACAGAAAGAGCUCAGCAUCUCAUUCAAUGAAGAGAUAGUCUUGAAGCGGUUGAAAGAGGUGGAGAGGACGCCUGAAGACAUCAUUAAGAAAGCUACCUCUGUGGAUAAAGAUUCAGAUGAAGAAGUACUGAAAGAGGCUUGCAGCACAACUGAGAAUCACAACUUAAUUUCUGUCACCAUGGAAACAGCCGAACAAUCAAAGCUGGUGAUGGACUGUGAAAUGGAGGGUGCUGUGUCUAAUUCACCUGUGCAUGAAAUGGAUUGCAGCGCCAGUGAUGAGCUAACUGGGUUAACAGCAGAUUUAUCAGAUUCUCAGGAAGCAAUAGUUAGCUCAUCAUUAACUUAUGUUCCUAGCAGCACAAGUCUGGCUAACAGUAACUGUUCUGAAAGCAGUCUUUGCACCCUGAUACCCUGUCAAGAGGAAAUAGACACAUUAAAAUUAGUGCAAGGGCAUGAAGAGCUCAACAGGAAUGACUCAAUCAACUCAUUUCUGUCUGAUACCCUUUCCAGUGCUGACAGUGUUUGUGAGAAUGAGGCCUGCUGUAUGAGGCAAGACACACAAGAUCCUGAUCAGGGACAUGAGUCAGAGCAGUGUGUUAAGCCUGAAACGGUGCCAAAAUCAGAACAGCAUCCAGAGCCAGAGGAAGAUGGUGGUCUGGUGAACAUGUCAGAGCAAGAAACUAACCAAGAAACUAAAGAUGAUUUUGAGAUGCCAGAUUACCCUGACCACGAACAAGACCUUCAAUCUGAACAAGGCAAUGAGCUUGAGCAAUGCUCUAUACUUGGCAAUGACCCCCAGCUGGAUUUGUACGGUGAACUUGACCCUGAGGCAGGAGAUAUCAAUUUAGAUGAUGAGCCCUAUCAAAAUCUAGCAGAAUAUCCAGAUGAAGGCCCAGAGCCAGAUGAAAUCCUAUUUGAACCACCUUUUCAUGAAGAGUCUCCAUUAGAGCAGUGUAUAAGAGAAGAGGCGAUGUCAGAUGUGUCAAAUGAGUCCUACCAUAACCCCGAAGAGAUAGAUGAAUGUUUGAGAGUUGAGAUUGCAGCAGCUUCUUCUGACAGUGAUACAGAUGAAAAAUGGAGAGCAAUUUUCUCUUCUUCCAUAAAUAAAGAAGAUGAUGACUCAUAUUUGGAUAGUCUUCAGCUGAGUGCCCAGGAACUCUUUAUUCAGAAAGUUGAGGAGACAGACUAUAAUGAUCAGGAGAGCAGCAACUUUGAAGAGGUUAGGUUUGAGGUUCCAAAAGUACCAGAUGUUUUGGAACAACCUGAGAUAGUGCCUUCCUCUCCGAUGCCCUCUCAAGAGGUUAAGUACAGCCCUUUCAGCCUUCAAGGUUUGUCAAAAAUAUCUGAAGAUGAAAGUGAAAGCUACAGAGAUGCUAAUCAUGACCACUCCAAACUCCAAGAGAACACCAAUGUGGACACAAUCAAGAAGCUACCCAAAGACUUCUGUGUAAUUCAGGAGACAAAGAGUGAAAAUGUCAGUACAGAACAUGUAGACUUCCAGCUAGCUCGCAAGCAAUGGAGAGAAAUGGAGGCGCAAAUGAAAAAUAAGACUGUCUUACCUGUAACAAAGCAGUCACACAUCCAAAGCAGCCACAGCUUCAUGUAUACACCAGUCCGCAAUAUUGAAAGAACUCCCAAGAAAGCGCGGGAUCUGGAGAGUUUAAACCUGGUCACAGAUUAUUCUCACACCCAAUUCAGCCCUUGUUCAGAAGACUCUGGCCUGGAUGAUUCCAGUUACAGGUCCCCCUAUGAUGAUGCUGAAACACCGAUUGAAAGGGAGAUUCGUAUUUCAAUGGAGAGGGAGGAAAACUUGAAAAGAGAGAGGGGACUGGCCAGGAUGGGAAAAUCAACAGAUUGUGCUCCUUCACGAAGUAUCCCUCGAUCCAUAUGUAAUCCUCUGACUCCAUCAUUUAUUAUAACCUCCUCACCAACAAAAGAACCGGUAAAGCAUGAAGUGUCUGCCAACAAUGUUAUAAUUGUAGACCCAAGAAAUGAUUUCACAUUCAGCUCAAAAAGUGGCAACGACAACACAACUUCUGGGCCUGUAGAAUGGUGCUCUGAGGAAAACAGUUCAAAUCUAAUCAUCCUUGAAACAUCUAAUUUGAUCAUUCGAAGUGCCUCUGAGUUCUCCCUUAAUAAAACCUGUGAAGAGCCCCAGGAAAAAAUGUUCCUCAACAACCCCUUCUUCAAACUGCGGUCAAGAAGCACAAUCUCCCUGGUAGAUGAAGAGAUAAGGAUGGUGAAGCAGAGGGAGGAAGAGCUCAGAAAGGAAAGGGCAACACUGUAUGGUAAAGACAUGUUCAGCACAGAAACUGGCCUGUCAAAUCGCAUGGACACUUUGACAUUUGAUACCUCAGGUAUUGUACCAGUUAAAUGCAAGUCCUCUCCAUCAUCGCCAAUGAAAACAACCCACAGGAUGGAUCGCUCUGCCUUAUCCUGUGAUCACAGGUUUCCUGAGGCCUACACCGGAGGAAGACGGAAGAGCGCCAUGGCUCUGCGCUGGGAGGCAGGCGAGUUUACAAAAAACAACUGAAGUGGAACAAGAUGCUACUUUGCCAUUGGAGGUGCAACGGUUGAUGUUUUUAUUCAAGUUAGAUACAUUUAUUAUUGUUAUUUGUUUAAUGUUGUGACAUAACCUAAGCUCUGCUUUUGUGACGCUUUGGAAAAACAGUGAGAAUGUCAGGACAAGUCCCUUUUUAAUUUCAGUACCAGUUUUGUGCAGUACAUUAAAUGAGUUUGAAAAACACAAGGUUUUGGUUAAAGCUUGUACCUUAUUUGGUAACACUUUAUUUGAAGGGAUGUGCAUAAGACUGACAUGACACUGUCAUAAACAUGACAUAACACCUGUC